AUGAAAACAUUCGCCAGCGUGGCGGCGGCUACGGCGCUGCUGUCCCUCGCUACCGCUCAAAACACAUAUUCUAUAGACAGCGACGAUGCCAUCAAGAAGUCGGCUUCGCAGAUGGCCGAGGACCUCCUCAAGCACUAUCACGGCGACGAACCUGGCCAGGUCCCCGGCAUCCUUCCCGGUCCGCCCCCGGCUGGACCUUACUACUGGUGGAUUGGCGGUGCCAUGUGGGGGACGCUCAUCGAUUACUGGCACGUAACGGGCGAUACGACGUACAACGACCGAAUCAUGCAGGCGAUGCAGUUCCAGGUUGGCGAGAACAAGGCCUACAUGCCCAACAACUACACAGCCUCGCUAGGCAACGACGACCAGGGAUUCUGGGGCAUGUCGGCCAUGCUGGCUGCUGAGGUCAAGUUCCCCGAUCCGGCCUCGGACAAGCCAUCAUGGCUUGGCCUGGCCCAGGCUGUCUGGAACACGCAGGCCAGUCCGGACCGACACGACCAGGAAUGCAACGGCGGCCUCCGUUGGCAGAUUCCCUUUGCCAACAACGGUUAUGACUACAAGAACGCAAUUGCCAACGGCAUCUUCUUCAAUAUGGGCGCCCGCUUGGGCCGUUAUACUGGAAACCAGACGUACCUAGACUGGGCGGAAAAGACUUUCGACUGGGUUUCGGCAGUGGGCUAUAUUGACGCCGAGACGCACGCCAUCUACGACGGCGGCCACGUCGAGCACAACUGUACCGACAUCAACAAGGUUGAAUUCUCGUAUAACAAUGCCGUAUUCUUGCAGGGUUGUGCGGUCAUGUACAACCACACGCAGGGAGCGCAAAAGUGGAAGAACUGCGUGGACGGUCUGGUGAAACACGGUCUGGAGCACUUCUUCCCGGAAAACGACAUUGCGUACGAACCGGCGUGCGAGGGCGUCAAGACGUGCACGACGGACAUGCUGUCGUUCAAGGGCUAUAUGCACCGGUGGUGGGCGGCGUCGGCGCAGAUGGCGCCGUACAUUGCGGACCAGGUGAUGCCGGUGCUGCGCAAGUCGGCGGCGGCGUGCAUCAAGCAGUGCACGGGUGGUGACGGCGGGCGGCAGUGCGGAUUCUACUGGCAGUCGGGGACGUGGCAGGCGCCGGACCCGCCCAACUCGGGCGCGAGCCAGCAGAUGGACGCGGUGGCGGCCAUGGUGUCGCUGCUGUACCCGAGCGCGAAGGCGGCGGUGACGGCCGACACGGGCGGCACGUCCAAGAGCGACCCUACCGCGGGCGUGGGCCAGGCCAACGCGUACCGCAAGGAACCGAAGCCGAUCACGACGGCGGACCGGGCAGGGGCGGGCAUCAUCACGUUUUUGCUGCUGAGCGCGUCACUGGGCAUGUUUGGGUGGAUGAGCGUGGGCCUGUAA